AUGCCAGAGUCAAACGUCGCGGCGGAUUCCAAAAUCGACCAUGCUGCCUCCUUAAAAUACUGGAACAGCGUGCCAGCCACCACGGCCAGCAUGCUGGGCGAGUUCCCUUCAGUGUCACGCAUUGAUCUACAGGGGUCUAAAACUUUCCUAGCCAAGGUCCGCCGUUUACUACCCAAAGUCCAGUCUGAAGGCAAACUCCACCGGGGUGUGGACUGUGGCGCUGGCGUCGGCCGGGUAACAGAGGGCUUCCUGAGCCACGUCUGUGAAGUGGUAGAUGCGGUAGAGCCGGUAGCCAAGUUCACACAAGUGAUGAAAGACAGCCAAUUGAAACGAGACGGCGUCAUUGGAAACAUCUACACGCGUGGCCUUCAAGACUGGAUCCCAGAGAAGAAAUACGAUUUGAUCUGGGUCCAGUGGUGUGCGGGCCACCUCACCGAUUCACAGCUCAUUGACUCUACCGUGCGGUGUCGCAAGGCAUUGACUGAAAACGGCCUGAUGGUCUUCAAAGAGAACUUGUCCACUCAUUUCUCCAAAGAAGAUAUGUACGACAGUGAGGAUAGCAGUGUCACGAGGACCGAUGCGAAAUUCAGACAGGUCUUCGAGGCGGCUGGCAUGGAGGUUGUCAAGUCGGAACUCCAGAAGGGCUUCCCACCGUCUUUCAACCUCUUGCCUGUGCAGUUCUACGCCUUGCGGCCGAAGACGACCAAUUAG